AUCAAUUGUAUCGAAUUUCUGCACAACGGUUGGUGUGAAAAACAACGGUCGCGUCGGCAUAUGGAAGACUUCAAGAAAGAUUCUAUUUUCCACGAGAUCAUCGUUGCCUUGAGUUAGAUUUACCGCAGCACUGAGCAACUGACAGUUGAGAAUCGAUCUCACAGAUCCCCAUUUCUGUUUUCAUACUUCCAUGCUUCUGUCAUCAAUCAAAUUCAGGUGGCUUUGGAAAUUCAAUAAUUGUCUUGGCUGUGAGGAGUGUGAGGUGCUGAGAAUUCAUCAUUUGAAAGCAGAAUGAGCCAUCAGUCAUUAUUUCAGCACAGCAAAGUCAAUGGUACUCCAGUGGUUGCUGAAGGAAGUAUUUUACCCUGUGGUUGGUGUAGCCAAACAGAAAAACCCAACCUAUAUGUUCUGCCACUGAAGAAUGGACGACACAUUUUUUGCUCUGCAACUUGUUUAUCAGAAUUCAGAAAAGGAGUGUGCUUUCAGUGUGGAGAAGCAAUUUCUGGCUUACCAUUUCAAAGCCUUGUGAACUUGUCUACAAGAGAUUUCUGUAGCGAAAAGUGUUACCAAAAAUUAAAAAAGAGAGAACUGAGUAAACAAAUGAAACCCUCAUCUUCAGUGGAAAGUUUACAGACCAGUCCCAAUGUGUCACUUGCAUCACCAGCAGUUCAUUCUGAAUCACCUUUAAUAUUGAGUGUCAACCCUUACACUUUUGCAUGGGAGGAUUAUCUAGCAGAAACUGGAAGUUUAGCAGCUCCGCCAGUUUGUUUUAAACAGCACGCAAAGCCACCAACCAAUGAAUUUCUCUUUGGAGUCAAGCUAGAAGCGCAAGAUCCACGUAAUUUGACUUCAACUUGCAUUGCUACAGUUGUCGCAGUAAUUGGCCCCCGGCUCCGCUUACGUCUCGAUGGUUCUGAUAACAAAAAUGAUUUCUGGAGAUUGGUUGAUUCCAAUGACAUACAUCCAAUAGGACACUGUGAAAGCAGUGGGGGAAUGUUGCAGCCUCCUUUAGGUUUCCGGAUGAAUGCCUCAUCUUGGCGUACAUUCCUCUCGAAAACUCUCACUGGAGCUGAAACUGCACCAAGCUGCUACUUUAAAAAAGAGCCGCUUUCACCCCGAUACAACAUGUUUCGAAUCGGCCAAAAACUUGAAGCUGUUGAUCGCAAAAAUCCACAUUUAAUUUGUGCUGCCACAGUUGGUGCUGUAAACAAUGAUAGUAUUUUUGUUACAUUUGAUGGAUGGAAAGGCGCUUUUGAUUACUGGUGCCGAUAUGAUUCUAGAGACAUUUUUCCUGUUGGGUUUUGUGCAAUGGUUGGACACCCACUUCAACCUCCCGGGCAGAAAUUUGCUCUAACGACUGGAAGCCGAUUCAAAUCUCGCGUUCUCAACAUACCUCCUCCUCCUCCUUUACAAUCUUCGUCAUCGGGAAUAGAUAAAUUGCCGACAGAAGUUGAAAAGUUGGCGAUUUCGUCCUCAGAUACUGGAGCUAAAACAGAACCUUGCGUCGUCGUUUCUGAACCGGAUACGUCCUCGAUUGAAAGGGAAGCAGCAAUUGUGAGCAUCUAUGUCAACCACUCGUGCAACUGCGGAUCUCACUUGGAUCCCAAUAAAAUACGACAGCUAAAAAGAUCAAUUGGACCUGGAACGCCGAGCCAAGUUCUGCGGGACACCGUUCAGGGUUUAGUUGACGCCGCGCUACAAACCAAACAAACCUUCUCAAUCCUCCGGACACGUCAAGGUGACGGAGACGUUAUCAUUCGUGCUAAAUAUGAAAAUGUAGUUCAUACGCUUCGUUUGCCUCCUGUUGACGAUUUAGUGGGGCUUGAAACCUACCUGGAACUGUUGUGCGAAGAUCUCGGUUAUUGUGAAAAUUUGAUUAGUACAGUCGCCGAUGUUAAUUGUAAAAAAUGCGUCGCCAAUUUGGCCGAUCAUUCAAUCAAGCCAGACACCUGUCGUGCAAACAAACGGAAAGCUCGAGAAUACAUCAAGACUCCCGUCAGUUCAAAAAAGAAAAUGAUGACUAGCCCCAAAACUGACCCUAUCAAUAGCAGACGCGAAACUGUUUCUCCUCCGCACAUUCUGCCGGCCGAGAGUUGUUUAACCACUAAAGCGCUGAACGGGAGAGCAACAACACUUAAAACUGAAUCGAGCCCCGAGUUACAACGGCCUGAUCUACAAAGAGCCACAUCUACUACUAGUCAUGAAGCUGAGAUCAAUGCGUUGACAGCCCUUGCGACUACGAAGGCGCCCUGUACACCAUCCGAUCCUGCUGAAUGGUCGGUCGAUGACGUGAUGCGCUAUCUGACUUCUGUUGAUUCAGGUCUAAACGUACACUCUCAACUCUUUCAAAAACAUGAAAUUGACGGAAAGGCCCUACUUCUUCUCACCUCGGAAAUGAUGAUGAAGUAUAUGGGGCUGAAAUUAGGCCCUUCUCUUAAGAUUUGUAACUCUAUAAACCGACUGAAAGGGCGCCGUCAUCUAUCAAUUUGAAAGCGAAUGCUGAGGGCAGUGGCAGCCUAAGAGCCUAUCGACAUUGGACAAAAAAUGCUAGGCUGCCAGAGACCUUUGAACCUUUCCUUGCGAAAUCCAACUAACAUAUAUAGAAAAUAUAUAUUUGAUCCGAAUCGUCUGUGAUAAUCACGAAAGUAGGGGACGGGGCCUCUGGCCAUUUCUCGAUACGUGUCCUAUAACUUCGCUUGUAUUACAUUCGAUUUGUUGUUUUGGUUAAUGUAUUUUUAACCAUGCUUUGAGUGAAUCGUCGUCCCUCAUUUUAUAUGAAACUUUUCAUUUUAAAUUUUAACGUACAGUUCAUAUUUCCUGAAAUUAGGUGCACAUGAGAUCAAUUAAAGUUUGCUUUUGUGCUCACAAUACAUUCAAUUAAAAAAUCAA